UCGAGAUUCAAGGCUAAUUAUCUUGAAAAAAUGCGUGGCUACCACAAUCUUUCUUUAAGGAUUCCAAUAGGCCUUGCAAAGAUCUUCUUUUUCCGCGUGGUCCUUGCCUGGCCCAAAAACCUUUGUAUUUAGUAGGCACCGUCCUUAAGAAUAACGUCUGAUAACGAAGAUUCAGUGAGCCAAGUAGAAAGCUAGAAAUGUAUAUUAUCCAAGGUUGAGAGCUAAUGUAGCUCCGUUCAGUUAUUCGACGUUGAAAGAGCCAAUGAAAGACAUUCAUUUCAGUUGGUCAAAAUAUUGUUAAGCUUGUGAGCACACUGCAAGAGUGGGUCAGGGUCGCAGUUAUUUUCUGCCUCCACCAAAGAACGUCCGCGAUCGCAGUUCUUUUUUUUUAAAAGAAAUAAUAUAUCAGCGCGCUCCAGUCAUUCUGAUCUGAUCUGAAGCCUUUUCACUCCAUUUCGGAGCAUAGGCCACUGACGAAUCGUUUCCAAUCCCCUCUGUCCCUGGCCAAGAGUUCCAUCUCGGUCCAUGUGUAGCCAUUCAACUACAUGGUGCGUUUUGUAUCCCUUCUUCAGCUGUUACGCGGAUCUGCAGACGUUGAAUAGUUUAAUUUGCCUCAACCUUUUAUGUUUAAGUUUCUAUUCGUCUCUUGUUAUAAAUUUCACAGAUUCGCGUUCUGCGCUAUUGAUCGAUGUUCAGGCUAAAUUUCUGAGCUCAUUCCUGGAGGGUGUGCUUAGGAAUGCAAAGAGUGUAGAUCAGUCUUUCUGAAUUGUGUUAUCAGUAUUACGGGACGGUUGCAAAAUUUGAACGCGAGACUAAUCUAUACGUAAUCCAUCUAAUUUCUGGCCAAGUCAGCGGCUUACCGCACCGCAAGAGAAGAGACUCGCGUCCCAACAAGUGACGCGUCUGUUACUAAAGAAGAUAUGAAAUAUUAAUUAGACAAGUAAAUAAAACAUCUACAAUUAAAUGUAGGAAUGAAGAAGACGGCCGGAUUUUCUUUCUUCAUCAGCAUUCGAAACUAGCAUGGAUUUCGUCUUGCAGAAGCUUUUAUUUUUUACAGUUUUCUUUGUCUUUGCCUUUGAGGUGGUAGAGUCGGGAUUUAACGCCGUGUAUUUGAAGCGAACAGAGGCAAACUUUACGUGUGGAAAUCCUCCGGAGGACUUCUAUGAAACACAACAAGGACUUCUCGAUCCUGAAGACAGGGUACCGUACACAUGUAAUGCCAGCGACCCAGAAAAAGCGUUUCCUCCAGAGAACAUGGUCGAUGGGCUACUUGAAACACACUGGCAAUCCAGAAAAGGAGAAGACCUCGCUGUUAUUACAAUCAGCUUUGAACAGGCCUUCUUUGCUCAGGACAUCAGUAUUACAUUCGGUAACUAUCGAAGACCUGGACAAAUCAAGGUGGAGAAAUCGACGGAUUUUGGCGCCACAUUCACCCCAUGGCACUACUUGGUAACCCCGCGUGCCAGUAUUCAAUGCAUUCGGCAGUUUGGUGUAGAGGCUCAAAGCGUGAUCUCGCGCGUGGACCAAGUCUUAUGUACAGAGUACACCAAAUAUGUUCCUCUAGAAUUCAAUGAAACAAUAUUUAUCCAGCUUAAUCAUCAACAGAGAGGUGAUGGCACACCGGAUCCUUACACGCCUGGUUUACAGGCCUGGAUGAACGCCACCGGAGUAAGAUUCACCUUCACAGGAUUAUUUAGAAAAUUUGACAGGAUGUCAAAAUUAUGGCACCACUACACAGUGCGAGAGAUACAGGUGACCGGUCGGUGUGACUGUAAAGGACAUGCAAAUGGAACACACUGUCCGCUUAACCAAACAACAGGCUUGCGUACUUGUCAGUGUGAGGGGAACACUUGUGGACUUCAAUGUGACCAGUGCUGUCCACUUUAUAACCAAAUUCCAUGGAAGAUAGGCAAUGGCGCUCCGUGGAUUAAUGACCCUGCUGCGAGCUGUGAACCCUGCAACUGCCAUAACCACACUGACACUUGCGUGUACAACCAAACCGUGAGUGAUCUGGGCCUCAGCAUGAGUGUCAACGGAUCAAUGAUUGGUGGUGGAGUGUGCAUUAAUUGUCAGGUGUGUUUUCAUUGCAUUCCUUCUUUGUGCUCCAUCACGUUUUAAAGAAAUUUCAGUAGUUACCGUGAGGUUGGUUCCUGUGGAACAAUCUGGAUCAGGAUCAAUGUUCCAAGGUCAGUCAGAUCAAUGUGCCUCAAAGGCAACAAUGAAUCCUUCCCCAGAGGGAUUUAUCUGUUCCUCUGAUGCACAUGGUCCGAGU